CCGGAGAACCGAAAACCACCGGGGUGCCCACAAGAAACGGAGGGGACGCGGAACCGUGCCGCUACAGAGAGGGGAGCGAGGGGGGGCGAGGGGGAGAGAGGCAGAGACUGCCGACGCAGAGCCAAAGAAAAGACAGUACAGCUCAAAAAGAUAGAAAAGGGCUCGCUCAUCUCCCUCGUGCUUUUAUCUGUGCGUCAUUGGAGGAAGAAAGCAGAAAACAGGCGUACUUAUUGAUAUGGAUUUAUUAAUUUAUUUAUCUAUCGAUUUGUUGCUGUAAUUAGGGAGCCGAGGAAUAGAGAGGAAGAGGGGAGGGGGCAGCGAAGGGAGGAGAGGGAGGAGCGAAAGUCAGACAGGAGGUGCCCGAUAGCCUUACUUUAUGAUUUGAUUAUUCCCAUCUUUUUCUUACCAAAUAAUAGCUUCGCGCUUUAUCGGCGCGUCGCUUUGUGUUCGUGUGUUCUUCAGCCAGCCAGCUAGCCAGCUACUAAACCAAAUAUUAUCGAGAACCAAAAAUUACAGAAGCAACUCUACCCGGAUAGUCGUUUGCCCUCCACCCCCUUCGCCCCGCCGCAGGAUUCCCCGGCUGGACGGUGCGUUCCCUUCUGAGACUUUUUAUGCCAUUGGUGGCGAGGAGAAAGCCGAAACCAAAGCAGACUCUGGCCGAGGAGGAGAGACGGAGAGCCGCCGCAGUCUUUACGCACCAACCGUGUGGACAAAAUAAAUGGAGUCCGGCCGUGUCUGCGCUACGCGUCCAAUGGAGAGCGGCUGAGUCGGGACGCACCGACUGCGCGAUGAGAACGGGUCCGGCCCGCGUCAGCCUGUGUGUGGAUAACUGCUUCACGUCGUCCACCCAAAGCGUGUAGCUGCGCCGCGUCGGUGCGUGCGUGCGUGCGUGCGUGUCGGGACUAGUUGACUCCGAGAAGAAGCAAGUUAAGCGGGAACCGUGAUCACCGCCUGGAACUCUGGAGCCGCACACAUCCGAAAACCCAAAGAGCGACACGGAGAUGUGAACACGCGCAGACACGCAGCCCAAUCCCGCGUCUCGUGCUCUCCUUUCUCCUCCAACCGGCUGUCCACACACCCGGAGAGCGCGCGCAGAACUGGUCAGAGGUCGACGGAAGCAACGACGGAUGAGACAAGUAGAAAAGUGAGCCCAGAAUAAAAGAACGCAACGAAGAGCGGCCCCCAGGUCGACAGAGGACCAUGUUUGUCCCCCUGCCGGUCCCCUUCGUCUUUCAGAGAACAGCGUCCGACUACAGCGCCUGGAGACUCAAGUCCUCGCUGGCUCCGCGGUCCAGCCCCGAUAUCAGGAUGUCCAAAGCAGCAGAGGAGGAGAAGCCUGGGGCUGAGUAUCCAGGCGACAGUUCAGACUCUAACAGGAACAGCCCCGAUGACCAGGUCCAGCCGAUGAAAACAAGCCCUUUCGACGUCUCCCCCACACGGACUAUCAGCAAGGGCAAAAGCGAGGAGAGCUGUGAGAUGAUCCACACCACCACCUCCCCUGCUCCACCUACACCUCCCUCCCAGCAACAGCUACAGCAGCAGCAGCAGCAGCAGCAGCAACAACAGCAGCAGCAGCAACAGCUACAACAGCUGCAACAGCUACAACAGCAGCAACAGCAGCAACAGCAGCAACACCACCACACGCAGCUGAUGCUGGCGGGCAGUCAGCUAGCAGGGCUUGCCGCCCUCCUCCCUGCCCAGCAGCAGCUGCUCCUCCAACAGGCUCAGGCUCAGCUGCUGGCGGCCGCUGUUCAGCAGUCCAACGCCGCCCACGCCGCCCAUGCAGCCCACGCCGCCCACGCCGCCGCCCAGCAACAGGCCAACCAACAGCAGCAGCAGCAGCAGCAGAACCAGUCACAAUCGCAGCAGCAGCAACAGCAGCAAAUCAAACAGGAACAAACUAUCCAAGUCCCGCCUCCACAACAGCUGGCCCUGUCUCAGCCAAUCCAGCUCACAGCCCAGGAUAUUCAGCAGCUGUUGCAGCUCCAGCAGCUGGUUUUGAUGCCCGGUCAUCCUCUCCAGUCACCUGCACAGUUCCUCCUGUCUCAGCCAGCUCAGCAGCAGCAGGGUUUGCUCUCGUCACAAAAUCUGAUCCAGCUACCUCAGCAAAGCCCAGGGGGACUACUGACAACCCCCCCUCGCAUGGGACUCCAAGCACAGAGGGAGAAGAGCAGCGAUGUUGGUGGAAGCGGCAGUGGCGCUUCCAUGGUUUCCACCAGCAGCAGCGGUGUCGUGACGUCUGUAGGAUCCACCUCAGCAUCCAGCAGCACCAUGGGCUCCUCACUGACGUCCGGGUUGACCCCCGGAGGUCACGGGGGUCACAUGGGCGAGGAGCCCAGCGACCUGGAGGAGCUGGAGCAGUUCGCCCGCACCUUCAAACAACGACGCAUCAAGCUGGGAUUCACCCAGGGGGACGUUGGCGUGGCGAUGGGCAAGCUGUACGGCAACGACUUCAGCCAGACCACCAUCUCCCGAUUCGAAGCUCUCAACCUGAGCUUUAAAAACAUGUGCAAGCUGAAGCCGCUGCUGGAGAAGUGGCUGAGUGACGCAGAAAACAUGGCGGUAGACAGCAUGCUGCCCAGCCCUUCUUCUCUCUCCUCCCCCAUGCUGGGCAUCGAGGGUCUGUCCGGCCGACGCAGGAAGAAACGCACCAGCAUUGAGACCAACGUGCGAGUGGCCUUAGAGCGCAACUUCCACAUGAACCAGAAGCCUACCUCGGAGGAGAUCCUGCUCAUGGCCGAGCAGCUCAACAUGGAGAAGGAGGUGAUCCGCGUUUGGUUCUGCAACCGCAGGCAGAAGGAGAAACGCAUCAACCCCUCCAGCAGCACCACGCCUCCCCUGACCAGCCAGACGUCGCCCAUCGGGACACACAAAGCCUGCUACAGCCCGCACAUGAUAUCGAGUCACGGUCUGUCCCAGGUCACCACCUGCCUCAGCACAACGGCUGCGAGCUCUUCAGCACCCUGCACCAUGACUCCCGUCAGCUCUGCCACAGUUGGCUCCUCCUCUUCUUCUGUGACUCCACCCCCUCACAGCACAGCUAGCCCCAUCCCUCCCACCACCGGGAACACAAUGAUGGGAGUAAGCACAGGGAUGAACCAGGCCCUCAUUGGCAGCCACCCCCUGGCUACCAUGCAAGCCCUGGCAGCCAGCAGCGGCCAGCCACCCAUCUCCGGGCCUGAGGGGGGAGCGGCUCACAUGCUCCUGGGCGGCCCCGGGUGUCCCACCGUCCCCCACUCCCUCCGCCCCUCCCUCUUCCUCAACCGCCCGACCCUCCUCCCCAUGGGGACUGGCUCCAUGGCGACGCCCUCGACGCCUGCAAUGGGACUGGUCAGCGGUGUCGGCGGGUGCCGCCCCCGGCUCUCCUUUUGCCAAUCUCCGCCCCCUGGAGCCGGCGACCUCAUGAGCCCGACAUCGUGCCACGAGGAGUCCGCUUCCCCUUGUUCAAGUCCCGCUUCUUUCUGUUCCUUCAGCGAAGCCUCGCCACCGCCCCUGGGAGGGGCCAUGGCAGAGUGAUGUUCGACUGACAGCCAAAGUAUCCUAUCGGCACAGGACGAGGAGGAGGAGGAGGAAGAAGAGGAAGAAGAAACGGAGCUUUAGCAAAAUCUUAAAUUUACAACCUCGCCUAUAACCAAAGCCAUCUCUCUGUCUGAUCCAUCUCCGAUAGCGCUUCUCUCUUUCUCUGUGUACCUGCUGAAGUCUUCUAAAGCCAAAAAUAUACACAGACGGAUGACGGGAGGAAGCAGAGAGAGAGAGGGAGGAUGGAGAGGAUAGAGAGAACUGAAGAGCGGAGGGGACGGGGAUUUUAAACCAAAUAAUGAUCUACAGCUGGCGAACUGGCGCUGAGGAGUGUCUUUUUUGUGCUUGGCAUCGGGAAGAGAAGAGCCCGCUGAGGGAUGAGAAGCCAGACUGUGUGUGAGAAGCGGGAGGUAACCAAAUUAAAAAACAAAAGGAACAAAAGAUGCUCAAAGGGAAAAACAAAGAUUAAAACCAAAAUCUCCAAAUACCAAAAAACUGAUAACCAAAAAAGACAACAAACGAGAAAAAACAAGCAAACGGAGAGAAAAGCUUUAGUUGACAUCCUGAUCCGUCCGGGUUCAGUUCAUUUCACCUUCACGCCAACCAUUAAGCAUCAAACUCAGGAUUUCCUUUAGUCUCAUUUUCCGGUUUUAUAAAACAUUGAUCAUUUUGUAUUCAUCACUCUUCGUGGUAUUCCUUGCCGAAGUGUUUAAGCGGUCCCACAUGCAGGAUAUCUACCUCUCUCUCUCUUUACAGCUUUACACUGAUGAACGUACCAUUAGAACAGACUGGGUUUGUCUUCAAAAAGCUGGUAUUCAUUCAAUCCCACCACGUGGUGGAAGACACCCCACUGGCACGUCAACAGGAUGAAACCUACAUGAUAUAUUGUUUUGUUUCUUUAAAAUAGUCACAAUAUUUUUUGAAAAUGAUUUUAUACUCAUUUAAAAAGAAGAUUCCGUCCCAUUCUUCAUCGCCAUCGUCAUCAUCCAUGUUCUCAUUGUUGUCCUUAGCGUCUGCUCCACUAGGAGGACACCAGGGGGUUGUUUGUUCUCCUUUAUUUAUUAUCCGCCCCACACGCGCUCGGGCCAUCUCCAAGUCAUCCUCCAGACCGCUCCUCUACCACCAGACAGUCACUCUUGGAUACCAAAGCAUCGCCUCUGACAGCAUUGUCUCUUGAUUCGCCCGGGAGACGAGUGUCCAGACACUCAGCAGAGUCACACACACACACACACACACACACACACACACACACACACACACACACACACACAACAGCAUAAGAAGAGUCCAAACCAAAAAAAAAAAAGAACAAAAGAAAGAGGUGAGGCAGCGGCGUUUUCCUUACUGCCCCUAAACCCCCCCCCCUCCCAUCGGCCCCUCUGCUUUGUCUCCAGAGGUCCGAUCAAAGGGCCCCAAGGAAAGAGGAGACGAGGAGGGAGAAGAAGCAGGGGAGCAAAAUGGUAAGACUGCAGGGGCAAAGGAAGAAGGAGAAGAAGAAGUAGAGGAGCAGGAGGUGCGCUCAAAGCAGCGGACCAAAAAACCAAAAAGUAAACCAAAAACCAAAAGCUACUACUACUGCUACUUAUUAUGUGUAAGUGAACUGUAAACGAAACCAAAUACAAACACCGAGGGGGGGGCGGGGGGGUUAAGGGCCUGUCUGUCUGUUUGUCUUUAGCUGUGAUUGACGUUGUUGUAUCAACAGACAGAAAGGGUUCCCUCCCUCCCUCUUUCCCUCUUUCCUUUUACCUGGACGGAUACGAAUACUGAAUGGAACAACCUCAACAGACUGACUUUGAAUAUAUAUAUAUAUAUAUUUUUGUUUUUUGUUUUUUUGCUUUCCAUAGUGUGUCCGUUAAUGCUGUAUGGAUUUGUC